AUGGCCCAGGCCAUCUUCCAGCGCUUCUGGGAUGUUGACGUGAAGUCUGGCGUCUCAUCCCCCAGCUACCCAGUCAUCUCCAGCAUCCCUCACACAUCCGACGAUCGACUGGCUCAAGCUUCACCGUCGAUAUGUCCAGACGAGCCUGUUCCCGCUGCAUCGGCUCAAGGCGUCGCCUCCGAUAGCUCCUCCUCCACAGUCCUGUAUCUCGCGUAUGGCUCCAACCUAUGCGCAGAGACCUUCCUCGGGCAACGUGGCAUUCGUCCGAUCAGCCAAGUCAAUGUCUCCGCGCCUUCUCUGCGCCUGACAUUCGACUUGCCCGGCAUCCCGUACAAGGAGCCGUGCUUUGCAAACACCGCCCCGCGCAAGACCCCCAAGCCUCCGAAGCUGCCGCCGAAGCUGCCAGACCCGCCAUCGAAGCUCCCCGAGCCCCCGUCCGAGCUCCCUAGCCCGCCCGACAUGCGGCCACCGCCUCAUAACAUCCCUAGCCUGCCAGGCCAAGGAGGGAGUCCGCAUGCAAGCCAGCACGGCGACCCGGUGUGGGACAAGGGCCUUAUUGGUGUGGUGUACGAAGUGACAGCUGCCGACUAUGCCACGAUCGUGAAGACGGAGGGCGGCGGCGCGAGCUACCAGGACAUUCUGGUGCCCUGCUUCCCGCUGCUGCCGAAUGUUGGCGUGCCUGAGAAGCCGCCGAUCCCAGAGCUCCCAAAGCCGUUCCUGGCGCACACGCUGUAUGCGCCUUUGGUUCCUGGUGGAGGCAAGCAGCCCGAGGAUGACGAGUCGGCAGCGGUAAGGAAAGGCAAGCUGCUCAACGGCGGCGACGACCCGGAAGAGCCAGAUGACCCGCGCAAGAAGUGGCAAGACUGGUGGAAGAAGCUCUUGCUGCAGCCGGUCCGGCCUGAUCCAGAGUAUGCGCAGCCCAGCGCACGGUAUCUCAAACUCAUCACGGACGGGGCCCGCGAACAUGAUCUACCGCAGGACUACCAGAGGUGGCUGCAGUCGCUCCAGCCGUACACCAUCACCAGUCGCCGACAGCAGAUCGGACAGCUACUUUUCCUGGUCCUCGUCCUGCCACUUGUGGGUAUCAUCAUGGGCUUGUCUCGUAUCCUCGCAGAUAAGGACGGCCGAAUUCCAGUAUGGCUGGGCGUCGCGAUGGGCGGGCUCAUCCACCUCUCAUGGAUGGCGUAUGAUGGCGGCUUCAAGCCCAUCUUUGGGGACGGUGAGAGGACGCAACCCGUCAAUGAGGAUGGCAGUGCGUUGACAUCUGCACGUCUGAGAUGGCGGAGGUCAGGAUUUGACGAGGAGAAGGCGUGUUUGCUGGGACAGGAAUGA